AUGAUGGGGUUCUGUGCCGAGAGCGCAGAGGAGGGAGUGGGGGCGCUGAAGGCGUGGGUGAGUGCCCUGGAGCUGCCGAGGGGGAGGCUGCACGGGAUGGACAAGGACGGGGUGGCGCUGGACAUGUCCGACUUCGGAGCAGUCUACAUCAAGUACAGCAGCACGGGGGGAGAGAUCCUUUCGGCGGGAGACGCGACGCUCAACGGCUAUGAUGGAUCUUAUAGAGGAGUCUACUUCAACCCCACCCUUCCUGAUGGCAAGUUCCGUCAGUACGCUGUCUUGCCCCUGGACCUC